AUGGUAUGUGGCGUUGUGAAUUUUGUAGAGACCGCUUCCCACCGUGCCCCACCCACCCCAGGUCACCAGGGUCGCAAGAGUGACAUCUACUCCUUUGGCGUUCUCCUGCUAGAGCUGGUAACCGGCAGGAGAAUGGCGGACGAGGGGGAUCGGUUGGUCACAGAGUGCCGAGCACUCUUUUCUGACCUCACAAUUAAAGCUGCAGAUUAUACCGAUCCUAGGCUAUGUGACCAUUACCCGGAGCGAUUCGCACGAGGCUUGGCGAUUGUGGCUUGGCAUUGCGUGGCAGAUGAUAAGUGGAGGCAGCCGGACAUUGAGAGUAUACUGGAGAAGCUUAAGUUCUUGGUGGAGAUGUGUGAGAGGGAUGGAGAAGAUAUGGCAGCUGAAGCUGCAGCAUUAGAGGUGGGGGGAUUGGGGUUGGUUAAAAAGGGGAAUGCGGAGGCGAAUGGAGGUGAAGAGCGAUCGUCAGCAGAUGUUGCACCUUCAGCGGGCCAACGUAUCACCAUCGCCGGCAAAUCCGCGAGAGUAGUCGCCGUGCCGGCGUCGCGCAUCGUCGCAACCGCCGCCAGCAACCCCGAUGCCGUCAGCGCGUCGAAGCGCUCCUUCCUCAAAAAGGCCGUCGGCGCCGCGGCCGUCGGCCUCCCGCCGCUGGUUCUUGGCGGAAAAGCCAUGGCGGAAGGCGAGCAGCAGGCGGUCGCGUCGUCGCGCAUGUCGUACUCGCGCUUCCUUGAAUACCUCGACAUGGACCGCGUUAAGAAGGUCGACCUGUACGAGAACGGCACGAUCGCGAUUGUUGAAGCGGUGAGCCCUGAGCUCGGCAACCGCAUCCAGCGCGUGCGCGUGCAGCUGCCGGGGCUCUCCGGCGAGCUCCUCGCGAAGUUCCGCGAAAAGAACAUCGACUUCGCCGCGCACAACCCGCAGGAGGACUCGGGCGCCGUCUUCAUGAACGUUCUCGGAAACCUCGCGUUCCCGCUCCUUCUCGUCGGUGGCCUCUUCCUCCUCUCUCGGCGAUCCCAGGGCAUGGGCCCGGGCGGUCCGGGCGGCCCAAUGGCGUUCGGGCAGUCUAAGGCGAAAUUCCAGAUGGAGCCGAACACGGGCGUUACUUUUAACGACGUCGCAGGAGUCGACGAGGCGAAGCAGGAUUUCAUGGAGGUCGUCGAGUUCCUGAAGCGACCGGAGCGCUUCACCGCCGUCGGAGCGCGGAUUCCCAAGGGCUGUGCUGCUUGUCGGCCCGCCCGGUACGGGUAA